AUGGAACGUAUAGAUGUGGCAGCUCCAUUUUAUGACCUUUUCGACCCAUUUCAAGCUUCUUCUGCUAGUGCAUCAGAUCCGAAAAAUCUAAAUCUACUCUCACCAAGGCCUUUUGCCUUUGAUUCUACUACAAAAGAAGCCAUGCAUGGAUUUCAAAGUGGAGGGCAUUUGAAUUUUAGUUCAGAAAAUUUAAUCCCUACCAUGGAUGAUGAGUCUCACACUCAUCAGCCUUUGAAUUUUCGAGAAUUCAUAUCAAUGAACGUAAAUUCCCCAGAUGAUCAGCUUUCAUGCGUAACUGCAGAGAAUGGGCACAGUAAAGCUGAUCCCAAGCUUAAGAAGACAGUGCAGACCAAAAGGAGUAGCAAUUGUCAGAAGAAAUCCAAUGUAGUUAAAGGGCAGUGGACUCGUGAAGAAGAUAGAGUGUUGGUGAGGUUGGUGGAGGAGUAUGGAGUGAAGAGAUGGUCGCAUAUUGCUCCUAUGCUUCCAGGGAGGGUAGGAAAGCAAUGCAGGGAAAGAUGGCACAACCAUUUAAGGCCAGACAUUAAGAAAGAGACAUGGUCCGAGGAAGAAGACAAAAUACUAAUCGAGGUCCAUAAACAAAUGGGAAACAAAUGGGCAAAAAUUGCACGGAGUUUGCCCGGGAGGACUGAAAACACUAUAAAGAACCACUGGAAUGCUACAUUAAGAAGGCAAUUUUCAUCACCUAAAAGCCACAAUCCAAAGUGUGACACCCUCCUACAAAACUACAUCAAAACCCUGAUUCAAUCUCCUGGUGAAACUGAAAACCCAUGCCCAGAUUCGCCCUCGCGAGAGAUCGAUACCUUGAUCAAUCCACAACUUCAACUUGGGAGCUCCAGUUUCGAGUUUGAGCUCGAGCCUAAACAUCAGCUACUCCAAUCUGAUGAUGAUGAGACUGAUGAGACAAUAAACUUUUCUUUUGGUGCAAAAGUGUUUCCUCAAGGAGGAUAUAGUGUUAAGAGGCCUUUGGAAUUGGAUACUCCGGUGCAGUUUGAUGAGAGGAAAGAGAUGGACUUUUUGGAGAUGCUCACUCAUGGAAUUUUCUGA